ACCCAGAGGGGCUUUGACGUCAGCUCAGCCUUUAAGAGGCCGCCCGUAAGGGCCGUGGAGACAGAGUCCUGGACCACCACGCCACAUCAUGCCCACACCCAGCGCCACCACGCCGCAGCCCAAGGGCUUCCGAAGGGCCGUCUCGGAGCUGGACGCCAAGCAGGCAGAGGCUAUCAUGUCCCCACGUUUCAUCGGGCGGCGGCAGAGCCUCAUCGAGGAUGCCCGCAAGGAGCGGGAGGCGGCGGCAGCGGCGGCGGCUGCAGCAGCCUCCUCGGAGCCCGGAGACCCCCUGGAGGCCGUGGCGUUCGAGGAGAAGGAUGGGAGGGCCCUGCUGAGCCUGCUCUUCUCCCUGAAGGGCACCAAGCCCUGCUCGCUGUCCCGGGCUGUGAAGGUGUUUGAGACAUUUGAAGCCAAGAUCCAUCACCUGGAGACCCGGCCAGCCCAGAGGCCACAGGCAGAGAGCCCUCACCUGGAGUACUUUGUGCGCUUUGAAGUGCCCAGCGGGGACCUGGCGGCCCUGCUCAGCUCCGUGCGCCGGGUGUCAGAUGAUGUGCGCAGUGCCGGGGAGGACAAGGUCCCAUGGUUCCCAAGGAAGGUGUCGGAGCUGGACAAGUGUCACCACCUGGUCACCAAGUUUGAUCCUGACUUGGACUUGGACCAUCCGGGCUUCUCGGACCAGGUGUACCGCCAGCGCCGGAAGCUGAUUGCCGAGAUCGCCUUCCAGUACAAGCAUGGUGAACCCAUUCCCCGCGUGGAGUACACAGCCGAGGAGAUUGCUACCUGGAAGGAGGUCUACAGCACCCUGAGGGGCCUGUACGCCACCCACGCCUGCCGCGAGCACCUGGAAGCCUUCCGGCUGCUGGAGCGCUUCAGCGGCUACCGCGAGGACAGCAUUCCGCAGCUGGAGGACGUUUCCCGCUUCCUGAAGGAGCGGACGGGCUUCCAGCUGCGGCCUGUGGCUGGCCUUCUGUCGGCCAGGGACUUCCUGGCCAGCCUGGCCUUCCGUGUGUUCCAGUGCACCCAGUACAUCCGCCACGCCUCCUCACCCAUGCACUCGCCAGAGCCGGACUGCUGUCACGAGCUGCUGGGGCACGUGCCCAUGCUGGCUGACCGCACGUUCGCACAGUUCUCCCAGGACAUCGGCCUUGCGUCCCUGGGAGCCUCAGAUGAGGAAAUCGAGAAGCUGUCCACGCUGUACUGGUUCACGGUGGAGUUCGGGCUGUGCAGGCAGAACGGGGAGCUGAAGGCCUACGGCGCAGGGCUGCUGUCCUCCUACGGGGAGCUCCUGCACUCCCUGUCCGAGGAGCCUGAGAUCCGGGCCUUCGACCCUGAGGCUGCUGCUGUGCAGCCCUAUCAAGAUCAGACCUACCAGCCGGUCUAUUUCGUGUCUGAGAGCUUCAGUGACGCCAAGGAGAAGCUCAGGGGCUAUGCCUCUCGAAUCCAGCGCCCCUUCUCUGUGAAGUUUGACCCAUACACGAUGGCCAUCGAUGUGCUGGACAGUCCCCACACCAUCCGUCGCUCGCUGGAGGGUGUCCAGGAUGAGCUGCACACCCUGACCCAUGCAUUGAGUGCCAUCAGCUAGGUGCGUGGUGCAUGACCCACGACCUCAGCAGGCCUGCCCUGGAGUCUCCUGGCCCCUUC